AUGAGAUCCUCUCUGGUGCUCGCCGCCCUCUUCGCUGGCUCCGAGGCCUUUUCGGGCCAGCAGCAGCAGCCCUUGCAGCAAGAGCACCUGACGACGAGCAAACCACCCAACUUCCUUUUCAUCCUGACUGAUGAUCAAGAUCUCCAGCUGAACUCCCCGGCUUACAUGCCACAUACUCUCGCCUGGAUCAAGGAUCAAGGCGUUGAGUUUCGAAACCACUUCGUCACCACCGCCCUAUGCUGUCCUUCGCGAGUCAGUCUUUGGACGGGUCGACAAGCGCAUAACACAAACGUCACGGAUGUACAUCCGCCUUAUGGGGGUUAUCCGAAAUUUGUAUCCCAAGGCUUUAACGACAAUUUUCUGCCCGUUUGGUUGCAGUCUGCUGGCUACAAUACCUUCUACACUGGCAAGCUAUUCAAUGCCCAUAGUGUUAACACCUAUAACGCCCCAUUCGUGAAUGGCUUCAAUGGUUCCGACUUUCUUCUUGAUCCUUAUACCUACUCCUACUGGAACUCCACCUAUCAACGGAACCAUGAGCCGCCACGCAGUUAUGAAGGCCACUAUACAACGGAUGUUAUCACCGAAAAAGCGCUGGGAUUCUUGGAAGAUGCCUUACAGAGUGAUUCGCCCUUCUUUCUCACUGUCGCACCAAUUGCGCCGCACACCAACGUGGAAAUAGAGGCACUGGGAGAGAUACCAGUCAUGACAGAGCCGCUGCCAGCGCCGCGUCACGCGCACCUCUUCCCUGACGCGAAAGUACCGCGAACACCCCAUUUCAAUCCUGCGCAGCUAUCCGGUGCCAGUUGGGUUCGCAAUCUGGAGCUAAAAAAUCAAACCGUGAUUGACUAUGAAGAUCAUCUCUAUCGCCAACGGCUGCGCGCCCUGCAGGGAGUCGAUGAGCUCGUUGAUCGUCUCUUGACUCGACUAGCAGCCAGCGGUGAAUUCCAGAAUACCUAUAUCAUCUACAGUGCAGACAAUGGCUACCAUAUUGGUCAGCAUCGGCUGCCACCUGGGAAGACGACUGGGUAUGAGGAAGACAUCCGCGUUCCGUUCUACAUUCGUGGGCCUGGUCUCCCGCGCGGUGUCAGCGUAGAUCUUGUCACCACCCACAUAGACAUUGCGCCCACCUUGUUUGAACUUGCUGGAAUCCCACUGCGGGCAGAUUUUGAUGGAACGCCAUUGCCUGUGGCCCAGGAGACGAAUUCCAUUCCGCAUGAACAUGUGACAGUGGAAUACUGGGGAAAGGCAGUCCUCGAAGGUGAAUUUUCGCGGCUCGGUCCCCAUGAGAGCCCCACCAUGUCCAACAAUACGUACAAGUCCGCUCGAAUCUUGUCCGACCACUACAACCUCUAUUACUCGGUCUGGUGUAACAACGACCACGAGCUGUACGACCUCUCGACGGAUCCUUACCAAAUGAAUAACAUUUACUCACGCAGUGGGGUUGAGCUACUUGGCCGUCCUUUGGCAAAAGUGAUCGAUCGGAUAGACGCACUGCUUCUAGUGCUGAAGUCCUGCCAGGGUCGCACAUGCAUUCAGCCCUGGAAUGUUCUGCAUCCUUCGGGUGAUGUGCAUAGUCUUCAAGAGGCGCUGGACGCCCAGUAUGACAAAUUUUAUGCUGACCAGCCCAAGGUUCUAUACUCAGUGUGCGAGGACGGUUACUUGAUUGACGCUGAGGGCCCACAGACAGGAUAUCAGUACCGCGAUGGACUGAGCUGGGAGGCGUGGACUUAA